AUGAUCAUUGGUCUCGCCGCUUUUGGCAGGUGGUUUUCAAGUAUCAGCAGCUUCAGUUACUUCUCUGCGAUCCCGUUUUUGGCAUCCGAUCUUGGCGUCAGUGUCCAACAAGUUAACCUAACCGUCACCUCUUACCUCAUCAUGUCCGGAAUUUUUCCCUCGAUAAUGGGCGAUGCUGCCGAUCGGUUUGGGCGGCGGCCUGUUUUUUUGGCCGCGCUCAUUAUCUAUUUUGCAGCCAACAUCGGGCUUGCAUUACAAGGGAGCUUUUCUGCGCUUUUCGUUCUGAGGAUGCUGCAAAGCGCCGGGAUAUCUGGAACCUUUUCGAUUGCGUACGGUGUUCUCGGGGAUCUGUUUACUCCAGCUGAACGAGGAGGUUACUCGGGAAUUAUCUCAUUCUUCAUCAACACGCCUCCGAGCUUUGGUCCAGUUCUGAGCGGGGUGUUGCUCCUUCGCUGGAGCUGGCGCUCUAUAUUUUGGUUUCUCGCCAUAGGCUCUGGAGUCUGCUUGACAUUGAUGGUUCUCCUUCUUCCUGAGACGGCACGGAACAUUGUCGGGAAUGGUACGAUACCGGCGAGAGACAUUAAUCGAGCUUUGAUACCGUUGCCUCCUAACAGAAAAUACGAUACGAGCGACACUAAGCCAGCUAUUCCACCCCAACAGCGUCGUAGAAAUCUCCCAAACCCGCUUACGACCCUACAAAUCCUCCGCAAACCCGGGACUGCAAUCGUGUUGGUCUCAUACGGCAUUAACUACACGGUUUACUGCUGCCUCCAGGCUUCGUUAUCGAGCUUGUUUGUCAACAUUUACCACGUGUCCCGUCUGGUAGCCGGUUUAGUUUAUCUUCCGUUCGGUAUCGCCGUUGCUCUCAGUGCUUUUGGGACCGGGAACCUUCUCGAUUUCGAUUUCAAGAAAACCGUCACCGGGACCGGGGCUGAACUCAUGAGACAAAACGUCACAGAUCUCGGAAAUUUCCAAAUCGAACGUGCCCGACUUCGCACUGUUGUUUUUAGUGUCGCGUUGGGCGCUGCCUUCACCAUGGGCUACGGCUGGUCACUCCGGGCUGGCGUUUCUAUGGCCGUACCUCUGCUGUUGCAAUUUCUUAUAGGCUUGACGAUCCAGAUGGUGUUCACGGCGCUCAACACGCUGCUUGUAGACCUCCAUCCGGACCGGCCCUCAACAGCCCAAGCUGCCUGCAAUUUUGUGCGCUGCGAGAUGGCAGCAGCUUGUCUAGCCGGUCUUGACGCGUUUAUUCAGAGUGUUGGACCGGGGUGA